AUGGAGGCGCCGCCGCCGGCGGCGCACGCCCCCAAGAAGCGUAAGUUCGAUCGAGUGGACGGCCAAAAAUCCCCGGGGAGCAGCAGCGCCGGCGAUGGAGUGAGCCUGGAUUUCAUCAACAGCCUCCCCGACGCCGUCCUGUGCACCAUCGUCUCGCUCCUCCCCACCAAGGACGGCGCCCGCACGCAGGCCGUCUCCCGCCGUUGGCGUCCCCUCUGGCGCUCCGCGCCCCUCAACCUCGUCGCCGACUCUACCCUCUCUGGGCAGGAGCGCAAGCUCGUCGUCUACGUCUCCAAGAUACUCGCUGAGCACCCUGGACCAGCCCUCCGCUUCGCGCUCCCCUACAUCCGCGAACGCUACUACUGCAAGACUGAAUGCUGGCUUCGUUCCCAGGCCCUCACCAACCUCCAGGAGCUCGUCUUUGGCUACGACGCCGAGGACUCCUUGCCGUCCUUACGGCCCCUGCUACCACCGUCCGCGCUCUGCUUCGCGCCGACUCUCCACGUCGCCAGCUUCGGAGGCUGCCGUUUUCCCGACUUGCCUGCAGCACAGUCUCUGAAUUUUCCGCACCUCAAGGAGCUGAGGCUGUCUAGGGUCACCAUGUCAAACUUUUCCGCGCCGUCUCUGAAUUUUCCGCACCUCAAGCAGCUCACCUUGUAUGGGGUCAGCAUCUCGGGUGACGCUCUCCACAGCAUGCUCACUGGUUGCCUUUCCUUGGAAAGCCUUUUGCUGGAAAAUAAUGUCUGCAUUGGCCGCCUCCGCAUUAGCUCCUCGACUCUUAGGAGCAUCGGCUUCUCCCCUCCUUACAAGGGCGAGGAUGCUACUACUUUCCAAGAGUUGGUCAUCGAGGAUGCUCCUCGUCUUGAGAGAUUGCUACCACUUAAUCCAGAAGAUGGUCCGAGGACCAUUCAGGUAAUCCGAGCACCUAAACUGCAGGUACUAGGUUUGCUGUCUGACGGCAUAUCCAAACUCCACAUUGGAACCACUGUCUUUCAGGAAAUGACUGCCAUUAGACUGACAACCACAAUGCACACCAUGAGGAUUUUGGUUAUUGAUUCUAUUGGCCCUAAUCUUGAUUCGGUAAUUGGCUUCCUCAGGUGCUUCCCCUGCUUGGAGAGGCUGUAUGUCAUUUCGCACCUACGAAAGGAAAUGAAAAAUGUGCGAAAGUAUGACCCGCUGGAUCCGAUUCAAUGCCUUGAGCGUCAUCUAAAAAAAGUUGUGUUGAAGAACUACUUUGGCAACAGGCCAGAUGUCAACUUUGCCAAGUUCUUUAUUCUGAAUGCAAAGGUGCUAGAUGAAAUGAAUUUUGGAGUAUUUACCAACUGCAACGAUAAAUGGAUGUCUAAUCAACACAGGCGGUUACAGUUGGACAAUAGAGCAUCCCGAGAUGCUCGAUUUGAAUUCAAAAGUUCUUUCUGGAGUACUUUCACAAAUAACAAGCAUACCCACGAUUUGGCAAUGGCGGAUCCCUUUGAGAACACCUUCUGA